GUCUUCAUGCAGGUGCAUCCAAGCGAUGGAAAAGGAAAACCAAACCAGUGUCUCUGAAUUUCUCCUCCUGGGCUUCCCGAGUUGGCCAGGGCACCAGGGGCUACUCUUUGCCCUCUUUCUGUGUCUGUACUUCACAGGGCUGUCUGGAAACCUGCUCAUCCUGCUGGCCAUCGCCGCAGACCAUCGCCUCCACACACCCAUGUACUUCUUCCUUGCCAAUCUGUCGUUGGUAGACCUCUGCCUUCCUUCAGCCACUGUCCCCAAGAUGCUGCAGAACAUCCAGACCCGGACUCUGUCCAUCUCCUAUGCUGGCUGCCUGGCUCAGAUGUACUUCUGCAUGAUGUUUGCCAACAUGGACAACCUUCUUCUCACGGUGAUGGCGUAUGACCGCUAUGUGGCCAUCUGUCACCCUCUGCGUUACGCCUCCACUAUGACCCGGCGCCUCUGUGCCUCUCUGGUGGCUCUGCCUUGGGUCAUUGCCAUUUUGAACCCUCUCUUGCACACUGUCAUGAUGGCCCGACUGCACUUCUGCUCUGACAGUAUCAUCCACCAUUUCUUCUGUGAUGCCAACUCUCUCUUGUCUCUCUCCUGCUCUGACACUAGUCUUAAUCAGCUGAUGGUGCUGGCUGCAGUAGGGCUGAUCUUUGUAGUUCCUUCCGUGUGUAUCCUGGCAUCCUACAGUCUCAUCGCCUUUGCUGUGAUGAAAAUCCCUUCUGCCCAAGGAAAGCUCAAAGCUUUCUCCACCUGUGGAUCUCACCUUUCCUUGGUCGUUCUUUUCUAUGGAGCAAUCACAGGGGUCUAUAUGUGUCCCUCCUCCAACCACUCCUCUGGAAAAGAUUCAGUUGCAGCAGUAAUUUUCAUGAUCGUGGUCCCCGUGUUGAAUCCCUUUAUUUACAGUCUAAGGAAUAAUGAGCUGAAGGGGGCUUUGAAAAAGACCCUGGGCCAGACCAAAAUCUCCCAAUAA